CUUCCUUGUUUACUGCCUGGUCAGUUCCACAGCUCAGAAGAAAGCGGGAUUAGCUCUCAGUGAAGUUGUUUUAUUUGCGGUCGGACAGUCUGCGAGCAUUAAAAUUAACCCAUGAGCACGGAUAAGCUGUAAAAGCAAAGUAUUGGAGUUCCGUUUUUCUAUUUUUUUAGCGCUGUCUAGCUCGUCAGUUUGCUAGUCGCAGCUGAGAGUACAGGCAGCGGCAGCCAUGAUGGCGUCCAGCUACAGCGCGAAGGAGGAGGACGGCCACCACUCAGGAUCCGCCGCAGCAGGUGGUCCUGGAGCGGGGAAAAGCAGGAAACCUGACAACACGGCUUUCAAACAGCAGCGCCUGCCAGCCUGGCAGCCCAUUCUUACAGCCGGCACCGUGCUGCCUGCCUUCUUCGUCAUCGGCCUCAUCUUCAUCCCCAUUGGCAUCGGCCUCUUCGUGACGUCCAAUAACAUCAAAGAGUUUGAGAUUGAUUACACUGGUGAUGAAUUGAGCAGCCCAUGCUCCAUAUGCUUGCAGACCUACAGCUGGAAUGAUUCCUGCAAAUGCUCUGUGCCUUUCUCCCUUGAUCAGCCAUUCGAGAGCAAUGUUUUUAUGUACUACGGACUGUCUAACUUUUAUCAGAACCACAGACGUUAUGUCAAGUCAAGAGAUGACAGUCAGUUGAAUGGAGACAAAAGCUCUUUAACUAAUCCCAGCAAAGAGUGUGAUCCAUACCGCAUAAGUGACAAGAAGCCUAUAGCACCAUGUGGUGCUAUUGCCAACAGUCUUUUUAAUGACACUUUGGAACUGUAUUACAUUUACCCAAAUGGUACCAGAACACUUAUUCCCCUUGUGAAGAAGGGAAUCGCUUGGUGGACUGACAAGCAUGUUAAGUUCAGGAAUCCUGCAGGAAACAAUGACAACCUCACAAUAACAUUCAAAGAUACUGCCAAACCUGUCAACUGGCACAAGCCUGUAUAUGAGCUAGAUCCCACUGAUCCUGACAACAAUGGUUUCAUCAAUGAGGACUUCAUUGUGUGGAUGAGAACAGCUGCUCUGCCCACCUUCAGAAAACUGUACCGCAUCAUCCAGAAGAACAAGGACAACCUGACUCCAACACUGCCCCGUGGGAACUACAGCCUUGAAAUUGCUUACAACUAUCCAGUACGGAGCUUUGAUGGCCGCAAACGCAUGAUCUUGAGCACGAUCUCUUGGAUGGGUGGAAAGAACCCAUUCCUGGGAAUUGCCUACAUCACUGUAGGCUCUGUCUGCUUUUUCCUGGGAGUGGUCCUACUAGUUAUCCACCACAAAUAUGGCAACCGCAGCAACAAUGCUGACAUCCCCAACUAGAGCCUCAAGACUGCUGCGGUUUCUGUUAUGGACCAGCUUACUGACAUGAGAUUUACAAAUAUUGGUCACACUGUUGCACAACUCGUCAUUGCUGUUAUCUCAUGCCAGAUGAUCCUGUGUGUAUAUAUAUUUGUUCUAAAGGACAAUAUCUUAAUUUGAUGUUCAAGCACUGGUAUUUAAGUGUAUGUCAUGUGGUUUAAGUAUUUAUAUAUUAUUCUCUAAAGGCCAUGUUUCAAAAAUAAGUUCAAUAGUAUUCUGUUCAGAUCUUGAAUGAAAUCUUAUGCAUUCAUUGGACAGUAUUGUGAAAUGAAAUAGAAACUUUGUGCUGAGUGGUGCUGAGACAUUUGCAGUAAAUGAUUUGAUUUUGUUUGUACAAACUGAUGGACUAUCUCUUUUAAGAUGCUUGCGUCAUGCUUAUAUUUGUUCUGUGAGCAAAAUACAUUUGAAAUGCUAAGUUGGGAAUGGCCUGGGAAUGAAGGAUGUUUGUGAACAUAGUGAGCUGCUUGAUUAUGCAUGUAGAAUAUUCCUAACUAAAAGAAAUGCAGUGACUCUUAAACCUCCUGUCCAUGUUCAGGACUAUGCUGUAUAUGGUCCCAGAUUGGCCAAAGGUAUACCAUGGUUGUGCUUAUAGUUGUGCAAGAAAGAACAUUUAAAAAUCUAUUUAACAGUGUUGCCGCUCAUGGCUGAAUGCUUGGCUUUCACUAGCUUUACCAGCAUUAUAUCUGUGUGAUCGUGUGAAUGGAGAAUUGCUUGCAUGGACUUGAUGUCAGGCUUUGCAGUCAAUGCGAUCAUUUUCAGGUGUGCUCCAGGAGCCUUUUGAAUGUUGGAAACUAUCACUUUUACAUUUUAUUUUCCCAUUUUAGACUGAUUCAGUUUACCAAGCUUUUCUCAGUGUCAUCCAAAGUUAAUUUUAUUUCUAAAUCUUGUUUUAAAGUUAUCUGCAGGAUGUUUCAGCUGGUCUUACUUGUUGUCUUCUUCUUGUCCAUUUAUGUUUCCAUUUACAAAAGUGUACUCACUGGUUAAUGAAGCCAGCUGUCCAUAUGGUUCUUACUUCUGUGAUUGAGAGGAAAGGCACGAGUUUUCAAAAGGUCUGUCCGUUCACAUUGAAGGUCUUUUGUAUAAAGUGAAGGUGUAGAGUUCUACAAAUCAAUCCAGUCAAAUAAACAUGCAUUCCUGAUGUGACCUAUGUUAAUAUGCAUAGAUCCAAAGUAAAUAUUUGUUUACUUUUUGUUUCCUGUCUAAGGGUUAGGUCUGUUAUUUCUUUUGUUGGAAUUAUUUCUCACAUGUGACUGUGAUCUGUAGGCAGCAGAAAUGCCCUGGCUUUGUUACACAGCAGUAAUAGAUAUUCUGUGAUUUUUGCAGGCCUUCUUACGAAAGGCUUCCUAAAAGUGUACCUCACUGUUCCUUGUUUUCUGAAUAAAGUCUCUCGAAAAUAAAUCGACUUAAAGGUAA